UUUUGUUUUGUUUUGUUUGAUUUAAUUUGAUUGUUGAAAAAAUAAACAAACAUAACAUAAAAAAAUUAACAUUACAUACAUACCAUUACAUCUGCAUGAGAAGAGAACAGUUUGUUUCUAUGAAAUCUAAGUGAAAAAUCAAAAUUUAUUCGCAAAGUUUGAACCCAUACCGUCAGUGUUGAAUGAAAGUAUUAACAAUUUGUUAUUUUAAUCCUUCGUGAUCUGUGAAGUUUUUAGAAAAUGGAGAGUACAGAUGCAGAGACUGUCAAACGGGAUCAAAAAGCUUUGGAUAAUUACCAGGAAUCGAGGAAAAGACAAAGAAGUUAUUGUGGAUCACCAAGCGAUAGUAUAUUGGAUUCACCAAAGGUCAAAAAAGAGAAGACUGAUGACUCAUUGGAUGCUUCAGAUAGUGUAUGGCACAUUGACCCGGAAGGAUUGUACGGACUCAAACCCGAAUACCUGAGGAUUUUGGGGAUAGAACCUCCUAUCUGCAAUUGGGUUUAUGUUGAGAAUUUCAGAUGCGACAAGAUCGAGUUGCGGGAAGCGUUAGAGUUGGCUGGUCACGUGGUCGUGUGCUCCGUAAUCUACGCACAGCCGAAACAUGCCAAGGUCAUGUACAGCCACCCAUUGGAAGCUGUUCAGGCCAUAUCCAUGUUAAACAAACAAAUAUUUUUUGGGAGUCCUCUAUCGGUGAAAAUGCUGAACUAUCCGUUAGGGACUGUCAUACUACCUAGAUCGCUACCAGAAAUAGGUCCAGGCUUUGGAGCCUACGGGAAGCCUUUGAGGGAUAUUGUGAAGCAUUACGAAAGAUUUAUCAACAAAGAACCUCAUACACUAAACACUUUACUGUUUUUCGACCGAAAUGAUCCUAAGGAUGUUGAAGAAAUUAAGGAAGCUAUGAGCUCUGUAAGCAGUGAAGUGACUGGCAGCGAAAAAAAAGAAGAUAUUUAUAAAAGAUUUAAUUUUUCAAAACAGUUCUCAAUAAAGUACAUAGAAGAUAUCAGUGAAGAUUCAAAAAUUGAUACUGACGUAAAGAAAGAGAGUUGGGGCACGGACGUUGCUGUGCGUAAAACAACUCCACCUAGCUAUUCUCCGGAUAGUCCCACCCGCAGUCCGGCUAUCGCUGAAAAUAAUCGAACUAACCGUAAGCCGAUAGAAGUAGUCACGAGUGAACAAAAAUUUUCGUCAAACAAUAUAAGGCCUAUGAAUUUAAGCGGGCCAAUGGCAGGGCCUAGCUAUGGGUCUGUUGGAUCUACAGGGCCUAUUCAUUUACAUAAUAAUGGCCAUAAUAAUAUAUUGCCCACUCCAAUGGUCCAAAGAGCUAUGAUAAGUUCAAACAUUGGACUGGCCAAUGUUGGUCCAAGAUUUGUGCCAAAUCCCAUGAGUCAACAUGCAUAUGGGAAUAAUGGGUCAAUGACUGUGCCCGAAUAUAGGAGUAGUGCUCCUAUGGUGAUGCCUAAUGGCCCCGGGAUAAGGCCUAGUGCACCUAUGGUUGUCCCUAAUGGCCCCGGAAUAAGGCCUAAUGCUCCCUUGGCUGGGCCUAACCCUAUGACUGCUUCUGUUGUACCUGCUUUGAGGCCUUCUGGCCCAAUUUUGCCUGCGUCGAGUUAUUGUACAGUACAAUUUAGAAAUUUGCCACCCACCACGACAUUCCAAAUUCUUUGCGAUAAAAUGUCGCAAUGUGGUCAGGUGAUGUCCGUACAGCUGACCACGCCCGGUUGUGCCACUGUUUCUUUCUCGCAAUCGGCGCACGCGCAGAACUGUUUCCAGCGUUUCAACAAUCUUUGCGUCGACGGCUGUGUGAUCCAAGCUAGAAUUGUCUGAACAGGUAAGUUUAUCUACAGUGCAGUAUUUAAUACAAUUUGGGCCACUUAAAGUGAGUACUCAAGAGUCAACUUGCAUUUUCACAAAAACUAAUACCUAUACAGGGUUAUUUGUAUCUAAUGAAAAACUUUUAAACGACUACUUGGGCACUUCAAAAUGAGCAUCUUUUGUUCUACGAGAUUUCGUGAUUCGUAGUUUUUGCAUAUUAAAAUAAAUAAAUGCUCAUUUAAUUUCUACUUUUACCGGGUUCCGGCAUAAUAAGAGUCCUUUGGUAUAUCACGACGUCAAGCCAGAAUUUUCUCCGGUCUAAAAUGAUGAGCUGUCGGAUUGAUUGAUUGAAUAAAUACUUUUUAAUUAAUUUUUUUACAUCUACGACUCCGUAGCUCCGAAUUUUUUUUUGUAUGUCGGUCACUCAAAGGCCUUUUAUUUAUUGAUUGAUUUGUCGUUCAGUUUUUUUCAUUGGUUGCCCCUAACUAAAUCCACUGGAAGAGAUGGCCCUUUAUAAUACCUAUAUAAAUAUAAUUGAUCAAGUGACCGGUCAAUAUAUAGAAAAAAAUAUUUUAUUAAUUAAAUGUGUCCUUAAUUUAAUGUGUUUUAGGCAGGUAAAAGGGCAUUUUGAUUGCGCUACGAAGUUUAACAGGUAUAAGUAUUGCAUUUUAUACCAAGUGGUAAGUACAUUAUAAAUAAGUUAAUGUAAGUUAAUUGAAUAAGACAUGUAAAAAAUGGCAAGACAAGAUUCUCACAUCCUCGUUAUGGUUCUGUGGAGACGAAAGGGGACUACUCAGAACUGGGAUGGUAAUUACACAAAGUGAUUCCAGUCUGACCUCCGUGACUCUGUUGAUAUGAGCCUGAUCAGCUUGAAUCAUGGGUCACUCAACUGCUCAUGCAAGCACAAAUAUUUAGGUAAUAAUUUUUAAAAAUUAAAUUUUUAAUGCCAAUAUUUUAAAUUUUGGUAGGUAAAACCAAUUUAUGAACUUGUUAAAUUUAAGCAUUUUUUUAAGGAACGUAGACAUAAAAUCUUUAUAUAAGUUAUACUUACAGGUAUUUACCUUUUAUGAGUAAAUACGAAAUUGUUAGUGGGAAUAAAAUGACUACUUAUAAUUGUAUUAUAUAUAAGUACCUAGUGAUUUUUAUUUAAGAAAUUUAUAAUUUUAAAUUUGUAGAAACAAUGUUAAAAUAUAAAAUACUAUAGCGAGUUUAAAACCUUAUUUACGGCUGUCAACCUCGACCAAGCAGAGCUGUGUGUGUGUAUUUGCCGUAUUUCAAAGGAGCGUAAUACAUAUAAAAUUAAAAGCUCGUCUGUAAUUAGUCGAAUCGUUUAGAAUCUUACGUAUAGAUAUCCGUAGGAUAUAAAUUUAGCACGAGAGGUAGAUUGAUAAAUUUGCGAAAAUGUGGAAGAUAUUUAAGAUAAUACAAUUCAUCUCUCGUUAAGAAUCCUAUGUAAGUUUAUAAAUUUCCUAGGGAGUUUGUUUAUAUAUAAUAUUGUGUUUAAAUUUUUUUCAAAGAGUUCAUUCCGCCUAGAUAUAUGAUUUUCGGCUCCCAAACUAUUGACGUUUGUUUGUUUGACGGAAAUUUAACUUUUUACUCUUAAUUUUAUUUUUUACCUUAAGUAUUAUUAUUUAUUUUACUACUAUAAUUUUAUUUUAAGCACUUAAACACAUAAUUCAAUGUGCAUAUAAGUUAAGUUUUAUUCAGAGUAUGAAUAGGAUUUUAUUUAGUUCUUUAUAUAAUACUAACAUGUUUUCAUUGACCGUGUGUGUGUUUAUUUAGGUAUAUUAAUUUGUAAGACCUUGUAAUAUAUUUUUUAAGAUUUUAAUUAUUUAUUCUUAAAAUAAAUGUUAUUAUCGAUUUUAAAUCCAUUGUCACUAAUACAAACUGUUUGAGUCUGUCUACCCCGUAAGACUACAUUACAUAUUAUAAUCGUUGAUGUCAUAUCCAUAAGUAUAAUUAAAUAGGGUACGCGAUGAACAAUGCAAUAAAGAUUUGAAGAAUUCUCUUAUAAUAAGAAAUGAAUACACAUGCGCAAACACAAAUUCAUGAAUUUCAAUUAAUCAGCCAAAAGCGCUAAAAUCUCUCGAAUACUCCAUUAAAACUUAUAUACUCAAGACAAUCAGAAACGCUCCAUGAUGUAAAAAAAGGCCGUAUAAUUCAUGGAGUUUUGUUGUAAUUUUAAUGAGACUCCAUUAAUAGUAGCACUGAAACAGCUUUGACUGUCGCCAACAAAAGUGCUCGUUAAUUUAUCUCGCUCCUUUUUACCACUCGUUGACAUAAUGUCGAGAAAUUCAUUAAUUUAAGAACUGAGCUCAAAGUUACUUUGCUACUCUUAAAGCCUCGCGCGACGCGGGACGAUUCUAUGCAUCCUUUUGUGUUGUAGACUCCAAUUAGCUAUGUGUUUGAUUUUUCAUUCCAAUGACUUUGAACUGAAAUGCAAAUUUUGAAAAGAAUAUUUAUUUUUGGCGCUGUAAGAAUGAUAAUAUUCGUCCUCGUGACGUAAUAAGAGCCGCCUGAGAAAUAGUGGUUGCUAACUAUCUCUCAAUGUAUUAUUAUUUUAUUCAGCACUUAAUUACAGAAAAUAAAUUAUUUAAAAUAUU